GCCUGCAGGCAGGAGCAGCUCCAGCCCUCAGCAAAGCACGACCUUGCUGCGGAGCCCGGCGCCAAAAUUCGCCCGGGCGCCUUCGGCCGCGCCCCUUGAGCAGAAGGGCAGCCCCUCGGCAGCGGAGGAGGGCACGGGGAGCGGAGCCCGGCCCCGCUGCCCCUCGCCGGCACCGCGGGGUCCCGGGGCAGGGGGCGGGCGGGAGGAGGUGGCCAGCCGGGUCCCGCCCCGCGGCUCCGCGCCGGGAAGGCGGCAGAAGGGAGCGGGUCGGGCCGGGAGCCAGCGGGACCGGGGACCAGGAGCGGGACCGAGCUCUGCUCGGCGGCGGCGCGGCCCGACGGGCCGAGGUGGCAGCCCCAUGGCCCUCUUCACCAGAGCCAGCGGCCAUCCUAACACUACAGACCCCAUUCCCUGUGGGGCAAACAGCACCACAGAGCCUGAGCUGCCCCAUUCACACGCCUACUACGCCCUCUGCUACUGCAUCUUGAUUCUGGCCAUCAUCUUUGGGAAUGUGCUGGUCUGCUUGGCUGUGCUGAGGGAACGCACCUUGCAAACCACAACCAACUACCUCGUGGUGAGCCUGGCAGUGGCAGAUCUGCUGGUGGCCACUUUGGUGAUGCCAUGGAUGGUGUACCUGGAGGUGACCGGAGGGGUCUGGACGUUCAGCCGUAUCUGUUGCGAUAUCUUCGUCACCAUGGAUGUAAUGAUGUGCACAGCCAGCAUUCUGAACCUCUGUGCCAUCAGCAUUGACAGAUACACCGCAGUGGUGAAACCAGUUCAGUACCAGUACAGCACUGGGCAGAGCUCCUGCAGGAGGGUCUCUCUCAUGAUUGUGAUAGUCUGGAUGCUGGCAUUUGCAGUGUCAUGCCCUCUCCUCUUUGGCUUCAAUACUACAGGGGAUCCCAGUGUCUGUUCCAUAUCCAACCCUAGUUUUGUCAUCUACUCCUCUUUGGUGUCCUUCUACCUCCCCUUCAUGGUGACCCUGCUGCUCUAUGUCCGGAUUUACCUCGUGCUCAGACAGAGGCAAAAGAAGCGAACCCUCACCCGGCAGGGCAGCCAGAACGCCAGCACCAAACCGUGUUAUGCACACCAAGAACACAUGGAGAGGAAAGCUUUGCCAAACAGGUGCCAAGGCACAUUUUCCCCCUGUUUCCCGCUCAAAUGCACAGGCCAGGAGAUGUCUACGAAGAGGAGGUUGCUGACUGUCUUCAGCCUGCAGCGGUACCGAAGCUUCUGCCACGAGGCAUCUCUCACCAAGGCACCAGGGACUACCCAAACCAGCAGGUGGGAAGAGAGGAGGAGCACGAAGCCAGCAGUGGAGGUACGGAGGCUAAGCAAUGGUAGAACCAUCAGCAGCUUGAGGCUGGCCCAGCAGCAGCCCCGACUGAUCCAGCUGCGGGAAAGGAAGGCUACACAGAUGCUGGCAAUUGUCCUGGGAGCAUUCAUAGUCUGCUGGCUGCCCUUCUUCUUAAUUCACAUCCUCAAUGCCCACUGCCCAUCCUGCCACGUGCCUCCAGGGCUUUACAGUGCUAGCACCUGGCUCGGAUAUGUCAACAGUGCCCUCAACCCCAUCAUCUACACAACCUUCAACACUGACUUCCGCAAAGCCUUCCUCAAGAUCCUCUGCUGCUGACUGUGGAGCCACACCAGGCUGCACAGGUCUGCAGCAGCCCCCUGGGAGGAGAAAAAGACAGGAACAAGCCAGUGAGUCCCUCAGUGCUGGGCACAGCCCUGGGUGUGCAGCACAUCAGCCACCACAGUGCAUCGCUCCUGGGAGCUGACAGGCUUGCAGGGCACACGCGACCCAAACGCAGAUGGCAUCCCUCAUCUCUGCUGCCUGCAUGCUGGAAAUGCAUUUGCCCUCCCACAGCUGGAACCUCAGCCUGCAGAAGGCACCCAGCUCAUGCAAGCAGUCCUAGUAAGAGGACAGAACUUGACUUCUUUGAUAAGGAUCCUGAUUUCUUCAGUCAGGAACCAAGAGUGAAAAUUGGACAAGGGAACUUAGAAGAGGAGCCCUAAUGGAGAAAUAACAACUUUCCUGUUGUUUCCAUCAAAACGUUGCCUGUAAAACUGGGUCAAAGUGCUUGAGAAAAUCGCCCUAGUUGCAAAUGAAAUUUUCCCUUGUGCUGCCAGCUUGUAUUUUACUGCUCCUUGCAAGGUGGCUGCUCUCUCUCUGGUAGGUCAGCUCACAUGACAAGUGCAACAUUACCCCAGGGUCCCCUCUCCUCCUGACCCAAGGAUCAGAGAUAGAUUGGCCGCUACUUAACUACCACACACCACAGUGAUCUACUGGGGCCACCAAGAGAACAAGGCUCUUGAUAGCUGCCAUAGAUUCAAACCUGUUUUUUCAGCUGGUUGCAUGCACCCCGUCUCAAAACUUGUUCACAACCUCCUUGGAACCAAUCUUUACCUGUGCUCGUCUCCUGACAGGAGCACUGCUAGAUUUAGGGUUUGUACCACCUGGCUGCUGGAAUAACUCCAGUUACAGCCCAUAUCUGGGGGAGAGCUGUUUCAUAACUUUCCUCCCAGUAAGAGGGGAGAUUUGCCUUGGGAUCAGCUCCAGGACUCUCCCUGAUGCCUCUUGCCAAUACUCUUAUCAUCACAUAGGGCAUCUGUAUAUCCCAGCAUCCAGGAGCUGGCCAAAUACAGCCUGGCCAUGGUCUCCUUUCCUAGCAGUAUUCUACAGAGCCAUCUCCAGUAGCUCCUGGAUGGAAAAAAAAGACAAGUCCUGAUCUACCAUAAGCUGGUGUCAUGUCAUGGCACUCUAAUGCUCUUCCCCUCAUAUAGACAAACAUGGCAGGGACCAGAGAGCCUGAGCUUGGUUCUCCCAUUUUGCCCCCUUGCUGUACUGGAUCAGAUGCUUCAGCUCUCACUCCCUAAGACUAAGGGACUCUCACUAAGACUCUCACUAAGGACUUGGCUUAGUUGUGCUGUCAGCCAUGCUCGUUUGAUAGCUUUGGGCAUAACUCUAUGUGCUGCUCCUGCCUGUGUCCCUGCCACAGCUUCUCCAUCUGGGAUGGGCUUCCUUUUCUUCCUAACAUGAAGCCAAAGCCGUUGUUCUCUGCCUCCAGAGCACAUAGUAGAGCUCUAGCUGAUGCUUUGGUUUGUCUGGGUUUUGGGAGGAGGAUCUUGUGGAGAGCAUGUGUCAUUUGCCUGGGCAGGUGCCCUCCAUACUGCAUUGUAACUGCCUUAACCCAAUAAAACAA